AUGGAAACCUUUUUGCUCAGGGUGUCCUUCUGGGUGGCGCUGGUUGGAGGUGUCAUCAGUGAUAACCCUGAAAGCUACAGCACAAACCUAAGCAUCCGUGUGGACAGUGUCACCACUUUCCGUGGGACAGAACUCAGCUUCGUGGUUACCACACAUCAGCCCACAAAUUUGGCCCUCCCCAGCAAUGGCUCAAUGCACAACUAUUGCCCACAACAGACUAAGAUUACUUCAGCUUUCAAGUACAUUAACACUGUGAUAUCAUGUACUAUUUUCAUCGUGGGAAUGGUGGGGAAUGCAACCCUGCUCAGGAUCAUUUACCAGAACAAGUGCAUGAGGAAUGGCCCCAACGCGCUGAUAGCCAGCCUUGCCCUUGGAGACCUUAUCUAUGUGGUCAUUGAUCUCCCUAUCAAUGUAUUUAAGCUGCUGGCUGGGCGCUGGCCUUUUGAACAAAAUGACUUUGGCGUUUUCCUCUGCAAGUUGUUCCCCUUUUUGCAGAAGUCCUCAGUGGGGAUCACCGUCCUUAAUCUCUGCGCACUAAGUGUUGACAGGUACAGAGCAGUUGCCUCCUGGAGUCGUGUUCAGGGAAUCGGGAUUCCCUUGGUCACAGCCAUCGAGAUUGUCUCCAUCUGGAUCCUUUCCUUUAUCUUGGCCAUCCCUGAAGCCAUCGGCUUUGUCAUGGUACCUUUUGAAUACAAGGGUGCACAGCACAGAACCUGUAUGCUCAAUGCCACGUCAAAAUUCAUGGAGUUCUAUCAAGAUGUUAAGGACUGGUGGCUAUUUGGGUUCUACUUCUGCAUGCCCCUGGUGUGCACCGCGAUCUUCUACACCCUCAUGACUUGUGAGAUGUUAAACCGAAGGAACGGCAGCCUGAGAAUUGCCCUCAGUGAGCAUCUGAAACAGCGUCGAGAAGUGGCAAAAACAGUUUUCUGCUUGGUUGUAAUUUUUGCUCUGUGCUGGUUCCCUCUUCACUUAAGCCGCAUUUUGAAAAAAACCGUGUAUGAUGAAAUGGACACGAACCGGUGUGAAUUACUUAGUUUCCUGCUCCUCAUGGAUUACAUCGGCAUUAACUUGGCAACCAUGAACUCAUGUAUCAACCCAAUAGCUCUGUACUUUGUGAGCAAGAAGUUUAAAAAUUGUUUCCAGUCUUGCCUCUGCUGCUGCUGUUACCAGUCCAAGAGCCUGAUGACCUCGGUGCCCAUGAAUGGCACCAGCAUCCAGUGGAAGAACCCUGAACAAAACAACCAUAACACAGAGAGGAGCAGCCACAAGGACAGUAUCAACUAA